AAUGAAUCUGGAUUAGGAAAAGUCAUUGGAUAUCUACUCUAAUGAUUAGAAUCAUUCAAGGUCUUAAAAAUCAGACUUUAAAUCUCUUUUAAAAAAGGAACCAAGAAUCGUUACCAAAGAAAGUUAAUAAAACUUAAAUAGAAUUACAACUUAAGUUGAUUUAAUUGCGAGAUAAUGAUUGAUAAAGCAC